AUGGGUAUUCAUGACAAACUAACAAAACGUGAACUUCAGUACGUAUUUGGUGUUGAGGAAAGAUCUCAGGUUCCCGAAUAUCAACUGAUAAAGACCGAAAAGUAUCGUAAGGAAGAUGGCGGACUGCGGAUACGAUUUUCAGCUUGGGAUGAUGAAUUUGUUUUAGACUUAAAACCAAAUCGUAAACUUAUCAGUCCUCAUAUUCCUGAGCAACAUCUCGUCUUCAAACGUUCAGCGAGUUUGCUAACAACAUUUGAGCAAAAUAUCGAAGAGGAAAUUAUACAGUUGAAUGAUAUACAAGAAUCAUUUUGUGAUACCAGUGAAAAUAUGGAUGAUCGCGCUACCGGUGAAAUUCGUUCUUUGAAUUAUUCGAUACCUUCAUCGGCAAAACUCGAUUCACUGUUUGUUUUUCCAAACAUGGAUCCAAUUACACUGGAAAUUGGGUUAUUUCUUGAUUCUAAACUGUUUGAACACUUUCAAAGAUAUGAUAUCUACCAUACCACUGCAUCCGUUGCUGGUGUGGCACCAGUAGCAAGAAUGUGUGAUCAGUUAUUCGCAUGCUCAUUAGUUGAAGGCCUUCAUCUCGGGCGCUCGUUUGUUCUCGCUCACGAAAUGGGACACAAUAUGGGAAUGGUACAUGAUGGUGUACAGAAUCAAUGUAGCAAAUCCUGUUGCCUCAUGUCUGCUGUGAACGGUGCUGGUAAAACAACAUGGUCUGAAUGUUCAGUGAGAGAGUUCAAUUCAUUCCUAUUACAACUGGAUGAAUCUGGCCGGGGUAACUGCUUACGCGAUGGUUCACCAGGAUUGCCAGAUCGUAAUCAUCUACAUGAUGGACGGUCUCCUGGUCAACGAUUCACAGCUGAUCAACAAUGCGCUUAUUUUUGGGGUCGUGACUACCAAGUAGAAAUUCCAAGUGGGCGCUCUAUAGAGGAUAUUUGUCGUAUUUUAUGGUGCGGUAAUGGAGGGUCAACAAUUUCCACUGCUCAUCCAGCCUUAGAAGGAAGUUACUGUGGUCACGGAAAGUGGUGUCACGAAGGGAAAUGCCAACCGUGGAUGUCUCCAGGACCGUCACCUUCAGUAGUGCAUGGAGGUUGGUCUAGAUGGAGUCACGCCGGUGAUCGAUGUCCUAUACAGCAUUGUCAAGUCACCGGCAGUAUAUCCAUUAAACCUCAACAUCGUGAUUGCGUUAAUCCGGCACCGAAUAAUGGUGGACGUCAUUGCCAGGGAGCAUCUAUUCGAGGAAUUCUCUGCUCGACACAUUAUAAUCCUUGUCAAGAUGGCUAUUCACGUGAAGAAUACAGUAACCAUAUGUGCUCAUCCAUAAAACACGAUCCAAUCAAGCCUGAUCGGCAGCUCACCGGCGAUGGCUUUGAGCGUAGGUUCACCACAUGCUUUAUUUCACUCCAACCAUGCUUUUUUCUACUAAUUUUUCUUUCCACUUAA